UUCCAGCAUGGCGCUGCAGCCCGGCAGUGUAGGAGCUGCGCACUGAGAUUGCAGCGGCCCCGGGGACACAAACGAGCAGGAAAGCCUCUCACCGGGCGUCCCGAUCCCACCUCAGCAUCUCUCGGCAGCACCCAGGUCGUGGACGCGAACAUUCGUCGAUGAAUGAUCAUUUCAGCUAUGAUGGCCGACCAGCCUCCUCCUUUGGAAGCCACACCUUUACUAAAUGAAGUUUCACUUCUACCUCACAUGGUUAAUGGGGACAGCACACAACAGCCUCUCUACUUACAGGUCAUACUAGUGCAGGUGAAUCCAGGAGAAACCUUCACGAUCCGCACAGAAGAUGGGCAGAUUCAAUGUAUCCAAGGCCCUGCUCACGUUCCCAUGGUCUCACCAAAUGGUUCAGUGCCUCCCAUAUUUGUGCCACCUGGCUAUAUGUCUCAGGUUGUGGAAGAAAAUGGCGUGCGCAAAGUGCUGGUCCUGCCGCAUUCAGCAGAUUAUCACCAAGCGAUGCACCCUCAGCUUUCACACAUUGCGCAUUAUAUUCACCAUCACCCCGCGCUGCUCCCCCAUCCGGCUCAUCCCGUUUAUUCCCCCGUGCCCGGGACGGGAGAGAUGCCCCAGUUUAUGCACCAGCCUCCUCCUCACCCACCCCAUAUCUACCAAGAACAAGAGCCGCGUUCCCACGGGAGGAGCAGCUUCAUACAGAGAGAGGAGCGAGCCAUGAAAGUGCCAGAUCCGGUUAGGAAGAGGUUAAAAGACAGACAGAUAACUGGGCACAAUAAUAAUAAGCUGAACAGCCCGCCUUCCUCUCCGCACAAAGCCCAGCUGGCGGCCAACGCGCACAUCCAGAAUGGCUACUCCAAGGGGCAGCAUUUACCAGGAGGGCCCAUUAAACUCAAGCAAGCGGCCAAGAGCCGAGGCAGUCCGCCUGCGGAUAACGAAGCUGGCGAUGGAGAAACGGAGCCCAAAAAGCUGCAGGAUUUUAACGUCAGCGUGACAAAACCGGCUGUCUCCGCGUUGGAGGCCAGGUCCGCUUGCCUGUCGUGGGGUGUUGGAAUGGGUACAGCGAACCAAGAGAGUCCCGCGAGCCUCUUACCCGGGCCGUUGGUCUACGAGGUGGCAGUCUCCAACGGCGGGAAGAACGGAAACUUCAAGCAAGUGUACACAGGCGAAGCUGCAUCGUGUUCCCUGACCGACCUGCGGCCAGCGACAGACUACCACGUCAGAGUUUCCGCCACUUGUCCGCCUCUCGAGGGAUCCAUUUGUGAAUUAGUGAGUUUCACUACGCAGAGCUGUGAGCCGGACACUCCGGCGGCACCGAGACUCACCAACCGAAGCCGGACCUGGCUGAACUUACAGUGGAAGGCCGCCAGUGACAAUGGUUCGAAAAUCAACGGCUUCCUCCUGGAAUGGGACGAGGGUAAACAAGGACCGUUUAAGGAGUGUUACUCUGGAUAUUUCAAACAAUACAAGCUUACAAAGCUGACCCCAUCCACAAAAUAUGCUUUCAGACUGGCAGCCAAAAAUGACAUGGGAAUGAGUGGAUUUAGUGAAACAGUGGUCUUCUAUACAUCGGGAAGCGUCCCACCCACACCACUGCCUCCCAGGCUUGUGCAGUCUGGCAUCACAUGGCUGUCUCUCGAAUGGAGCCCACCCAACGACAAUUCAUCAGAUGAGACACUAACUUAUUGCUUAGAAAUGGAAGAGGAAGGUUCUGGUUACGGUUUUAAGCCAAAACACAACGGUGAAGAACUCACAUGCACUUUAAAAAACUUGAGAAGGAACACUUCUUACAAGUUUAGGGUAUUCGCUUUUAACAGUGAAGGCAGAAGUAACCCCAGUAACGUCGUACAAUACGCAACCUCUCCUGAUAGACCUGGCCCUCCGUGUAAACUCAGUGUAAAGGGGAAAAUCCAUGCACAUAAUGUAAAAGUAACCUGGGAUGCACCAAAAGACAACGGAGGGGCAGAGGUCUCCAAAUAUUUCCUUGAAAUCUCAGAAACCUCAAAUGGGAAUAGAUGGGACGUUAUAUACAGCGGAUCUUCAAAAGAGCACGUAUGUGACCACCUUAAGCCUGGCACUGUCUACAGAUUAAGAUUGUACUGUGCCAAUGCCGUUGGCUCGAGUCAGGUUUCGGACAUCCUAACAGUUCAGACAGCAGUUGUACCGCCAGGUCCUUGCCAUCCUCCACGUUUGGCUGGGAAGGCCAGGCCCAGGGAUUUAAGCUUACAGUGGGCUUACCCUCCUUCUGACGGUGGCACAUCGGUGACGAGUUACACUGUAGAGAUGGCAAAGUCUGACCAAGAGGAUCGGGGGCCGGUGUACCAAGGUCCAGAGCUAGAGUGCACAGUGAGCAACCUGCUGCCAGGGCAGACCUAUUCCUUCUGGAUCAAAGCCGCCAAUAAAGCAGGGUGCGGACCCUUCUCAGAGAAGUCUGAAUUCUGCACAGCUCCAGGGCCUCCUGAAAGAUGCAAGAUGCCGCUGUUGAGCUGUAAGAGUGCAAACUGCAUACUAGCCAACUGGGAGGCUCCCAUGUGUAAUGGCUCGGAAAUCACUGAAUACAGGUUAGAAUGGGGCAGGAUGGAAGGAUGCAUGCAGAUCGUUUAUACUGGCUCCUGUCCAAGCUAUGAAAUCAAAGGUCUUACAGCCGCAACAACAUAUUACUGCAGAGUCCAGGCAGUAAAUACAGCAGGUGCAGGACUGUUUGGAGACACCGCUGUAGUGACCACACCAGCAUCAGUCCCGGCUGCCGUGACAUCCUUACAUGUGCUUGAUGGAGAUCUCUUGGAAACUCCUCUUCCUUCACCGUCAGAGUGCCUUGCUAUUGCAUGGAAAGAGCCAUGCUGUAACGGAUCUGAUAUCACCGGGUACAACAUAGAAUACGGCGAAAAGCAGCAGCUAACUGUUGACUGCGUUACGAGCUGCAUUCUAGAAAACCUGAUCCCAGACCGCGCCUACAGGAUACGAAUCCAGGCCAUAAACAGCUUGGGUGCGGGUCCAUUCAGUCAAUCUAUUAAAGCCAAAACAAAACCACCGCCGCCUAACCCUCCUCAUCUGGAAUGCGUGGUUUUCAGCCCCCAGAGCCUUAAAUUGAAAUGGGGUGAUGGAUCCAGCAAAGCUUUAGCAACAGAGACUUCCCAGUUCAAUUUACAAAUGGAGGAUAAGCUCAGCAGGUUUUUUACAAUCUACAAUGGACCCUGCCACACGUACAAGGUUCAGAGGCUUAACGAAUCCACCACGUAUAACUUCAGAAUCCAAGCGUACAAUGAUGCAGGAGAGGGACCGUUUUCUGAUGUUUACAGUUUUGCAACAACCAAGUCACCACCAUCGGCAUUAAAAGCACCCAAAGUGCAACAGAUCGAGGAUAACUUGUGUGAAGUAACCUGGGAAACCUUGCCACCGAUGAGGGGGGAUUCCAUUGUUUACAUCCUCCAACUUACCAAUGGGAGAGAGACUGAUCAGGUAUACAAAGGACCGGAGACCUCAUUCAGUUUUGCAAACUUUCAAACAAACUGUGAAUACCGGUUUCGAGUUUGCGCUGGACGUCAGUUCCAAGAUGCCACGGGAUUGCAGGAAGUGUAUGGACCUUACAGUCCAAGCACCACGUUCUCAUCUCAAAGACAAGAAUUGAUCCUACAGUGUGCUAACGCUACGACGGAAGCCACAAAGACCAAGAGGAAACCUCUCACCGACGAGCAGUUCGCCAUUUUGCUCCUCGUGAUAUUUGCUGUCGUGGCUUUCCUGUUUGCCGUCGUCAUUCAGUACUUUGUGAUCAAGUAGACAUUAGUCGCUUAUUCUCAAGAUAACCAGUACAACUAUUUUUGUUUCUCCUUUCAAUAUUUAUGUUUAAUUGUUCUAAUUAAACUUAUAGAUGGAAAUGAUUGUAUUAUAUAUAAGUGCAUUUCCAUUCUUGCUGCUCACUCAUUGAGAGGCUGGAUUAGCACAAUCCUCCCUACCUGCAAAACCAUAAAACAUCAUGAAAUUCUUAGAAAGGGAAUUUAAGUCCUUUGUUUCUGGACUGUGGUGUGAUAUGCCUUAAUAUAGACUCUUCAAUGUCAAGACGGUGCUGUUUAUAUAGAACAUCUGCUUUUAAAGUGUGUCCUUAAAUGUUCAAGCUUUUGCAAGUGGUAGCUAAAAAAGGACUUGUUAACGAAGAAAAGAAAUAGUCUUGGUGUACCUUUUUACACUGGCCGAAAGAGAGUGUAGAGGCGGAAGACGAUAGGGAAGCUCUAGGAAAUCAUAGGGAAGCACACUGUUAUUUACUGCAUAUAUAUUAUAUUGAUGUAAGUGGAAAGUGAAGAACAGAGAUGUGGAAACAGGUUCCACACCAAGUUUGCAUUGCCAAACGGCGUAAGUCCUCUGUCAUUUGGUCCAGUUGAAGCCCACGGUUUGACAUGGUUUCCCCAUUUGCCAUAAUUGACGGUGCACAAGAUCACUUUUUUUUGAGUGAUGAAAUGUUCUCUAGAUGAAGAACGCCAUUUUGGAAAUUUUGUUAAGUAGCUGAUAUUAGGUGCUUGCAUAAUCCACCUAGUGUGUACGUGCGCACGCUAAAAGAAAUGUGUAUUUACUGAUUGCGGUGAAUACCUUAUCCCAGUAAUCAGAUCAUUUUACACACGCGGAGUAAUUAUUUAUAGUAAGGUUUUUGUUAAAAAAUAAUAAUAAAAGUCGGGCUGUUCAUGCACAAGAAGGAAGGACAUUAGUAGAGUGAAUCAGAUAUGCAGCCGUGUGAAGUCAUCAUAACAGUGACACAUCUCCAGCAAAAGAAAUACAUUGCUGGAGUUUGGUGCUAGGAUUAUAAUUAUCCUAAUUAUAAUAGCCCCAGUGAUGCAUAGCAUGACCCUGAAGCUUCCUACUGAUAACCUAAGUUAUAUAGCGUACCUGAAAGCAUUAGCUAUUAUUCCGAGCGUUUCAUUGCAAUAUCCAUUCUGCCUUUUGCAGGUUAAAUAGGCCUUACGACCCUGUACUGUGUAUGCAAUUCCAUAUUCAUAUAUCGUCCUGCUUUGCAUUUCAUUUAUAUAUUAGAAGACAAAAAUCUUAAUUUUCUGUGCUACUCAAGAACAUUGCAGCACUUUCUGAACAAGCACAGAUUUGUCUUUACGGAGGAAAAAGAAAAAGUGCAUUUAUUAUAAAUGUUACACUAUUUGGCUCAAACUGAGCAAAUGUUUUUAUACUGUCUGUAAUCUAAGAGUUAAAAUCGCACGUGAGAUAUGCCCAUAUGAUGUAUUAUCUACUAACCUAAAUAUUUUUACAUAUAAGAUGUUUUUUGUAAGAAAGUUAUCAUGCUGAUAAUAUAUAUAUAUAAAUAUAUAAAUAUACAUUCCAUCACUUUAUAUUGGAGAUGUUUUUUUUUUUUUGUUUUCACGAUACGUCAUUGUUCUUUCAAAUCCUUUUUUUUUGCAUCCAUUUGAAAAAGACUGUUUCUCAUAGAACUAAAAGACUCCAUUGUACGGAUGCGAUCUCUCUUUUGUAAUAGAUUUUUUUUUUUUACAAAUGAAACAAUAGUAGCAAAGUGGUAGUGUUUUAAAGUCAUGUGAAAUGUGUCCAUUUCUUAGAUUAUUUUUCAUUAUCAAAUACUCAGCCAUUAUGCAAAAUGAGCAUUUUUUUUAUAUGUAUGAACCUCUACAUACAUCAUAAAAAAUACAUAUUGCUCAUCAAUGUCAAUCAUAAUCUCCCUGCGUAUCAUUUCAUUUUAUAUUUUAUAUAUUACCAUUCCUUUUUACAGUAGAUUUACCGUGCAAUCUAAAAUGUACAUUUUUUUCCAGAAAUACUUUUUUUUUUUAAUCGUGUUAUAUUUAUUUUGAUUAAAUACAUUAAGAAAAAAAAAGGUUUGAAUGUAUUGUUCAAAUUGUAGCAGAAAAUAAUUGUCUCCUGACGGAAAAAAAUAGAAAAUCUAGCGUUGUUAACCCUUUCUCUGCGACACUGCUAUGCUUUGCAUACCCCCCCACAGAGAAAAAGUUAAAAUAAUGUUUUUAUGUGUCUGCGUAUAUGUCUCUAAAUGUUUUUGUACACGCAUUAGUAUCCCUAGGCUACAGACAUGUUUACAAUUUAUUUUAUAUCUGGCUACUUUAUAUUGUUUCCCAUUUUUUUUAAAGAAAUAGACUAUCUUCAUUGCCAAAGGAUUUUUAUUCUCAAUAACCACAUUUCACACGAAGACAUAUAAAAUAUUUUUUUUUAAAGUACAUAUUUUUCAUUUUAGAAAAUAAUCGCAUUACAGGCUUCAAGAUUAGUACUAAUCAGGAUUAUAACAGCUCACAAAAAAUAAGCAUAAUACAACUAUUAUACUUUACUGAAUGAUUAGUGUACUGCCAUUCAUUUAUACUAGUUUUUCUUCAUAGACUUUGUGAUUAUUUUAUUUUUUUUGUACGUACUAUUAUACAUUCCAGAUUUAUGUAAUUUAGUUGGUGUCCUUGUUAAAACAAAAUAAGUUGCUUUGUAUUUUCAUUGUAAUAUGAGGUUAUCUACAGUACGAUAAGAUUACCCUGCAUAUGUAUUACUAAAUUGUUACUAUGAAAUAGAUAAUAUAUUUAAUGUCCAAUAAAAAAAUAUAAACGUGUUCAAA